AUGAGUAACAAUGGACCACUAUUUUUCUGGCAUCCAGACGAUGCGGAUCACCCUUUCCUAUCCCAGCAUUAUAUCUGUGAGUUUACGGAUGAGAAUGGUCGUGUUUACACUUCAAGCGAACAAAAAAUCAAGUCUCUCGGUCGCAAAGUCAAAAACUUCGAUGAGAAGGAAUGGAACAAAGUUAAAUUCAACAUAGUCAUUCAAGGAAAUGUAUUCAAGUUCUCGAGAGGUGGAAAAGAGUUGAGAGAACAGUUCGAGAGAACCGGCGAUAGAGAACUGGUAGAAGCAAGUCCGUAUGAUAAGAUUUGGGGUAUUGGAAUUAAGGGUGGAGUUAAGGAAUGUCAGAGACAGGUGAGAGAUGGGACGUUGGAUGGGAAGAGGAAAGAAUGGGGGAAGAAUCUCUUGGGUUUGGCGAUGGUUGAGGCUAGAAGGUUGAUCAGAGAGAAGGAGAAGAGUGAGAGAGGAGAAAAAUUGGCCGAAGUCCACAAAGAUAAGGCACGCUUCCAAUUUUUAUCUGCGUCCUCGUUAAAACUUAUAUAUCCUCACCUCUUCGCGCUUUUCAACCACAACAAUAUAGACAACGAUUGUCAAACAAUCAACACAAUGGCAAACUACGAUUUGCUAGCAAAUCCUCUUGCAGUCCGCAAUCCAAAUCCCCUCAGUCUCAUUCCAUACUCUGUCGCUACUGGAUACUACUCCGAAGAAAGUAAAGAUGUUUAUCUCACCUACGCAAAUAUCUACCCACACACCCACGUUCCCGGCAUUCCCUCACCUUACAGUCAAGAACAACUCGAACGACGCGCUCUCUAUAUCACUGGUAUUCCAUCAGACUGGUCAACUCCAGCUUUUCGCUCAAUAUUCGAGCUCUAUGGAGUUGUCGAAAAAUGUCCUAUGAUCUUCGAUCUAGCAUCCAAAUCUACAUUUCGCUUUGUGAUUAUGAGAAACACGGAAGAUUGUCUCAAAGCGAAAGAUUCAAUUCAUGGUUUGGUGUUGGAAAAUAAUACGAUUUACACAACUGAGGCAUUACCUUCAAGCUCAUUGUUGAGACUUUAUAAUUUGGGUCUGGAUGAGUUGGGUUUGAACGCCGAUGAGUGCUUAAAUAUCUUGGAGAACAAUCGGGUUAUUGAGGAUUUUGAAGUCGGUGAUUUGGAUGCUACAGAUCAAAAUGUCGCACUGAAUACACAAUACGUUUAUACCAGCGCUACUCUUGAUCAAGCACCAAUCAUCCAUGGUCAUCCAUCUCCUCGAACCAAAUUACCCAUCGUCAAAAUCCGAGCAGCAGACUCUGAAACCGAAGUCGAGUUUCCACCUCCAAAUAUGAUUCGCAAAAACAGACCUGCACCUUUAAACCUCGUCGGAGCAAAUAACAUCACAUCUCGCCGCAUCUCACCUCUCUUACCCCCUCAGUCACCUUUCCCAACCCAAACCCACUUCGAAUCCAUCUUCGAAAACUCUGCACCCAGCUCCUCGAAUUCCCUCACCCCCACACCCACCCAAACCGCAUUCAAAACUCAAGUCUCAACCUGGGCCGCCAUCGUCAGCAGCGCUUCUCCCAACCACCGAAAUGUCGACCUCCACCCCUCGACUCCCCGCUCAGGCCGUCGUCUCAACAGCAUCGGACGCAUUCCCUCCCUCCCCCCCUCCAAACCCAUGAUCCACGAAGCCCUCUCCCAACAAGCCCGUGUCGUCCUCAUCCUCAACAUCCCCUCCACAAUGACCCUCUCCGACAUCUCCAACGCCAUCCACGAAGGCCCCAUUGUCUGCAUCCGCUUCGGCAUCGAUUCCGACACCGGGAAGCGCUUUUCCGGUAUCGUGUUCCAGCAUGCUUCGGACGCGCAAUCUUUCUUCUCGGUGCUCCUCGCGGAACGAGAAGCGCAAGCCCCGAAUCGUUUUAGAUUCAUCGCGGAUUGUGUGCGUGGCGAACCAUUUCCGAUAAAUGACGAUAUCAUCUCCAUGAGCGCACCUACUUUCGCAUCGCGCAGAUUGACAAUCGUAAAGAAGGCAUUUUUCUUUGCAUUCACGGGACGCAAUCUUCAAACGCUGUGCGAGAAAGAAGUUGGGAGGGAAAAUGUACAAUUGGUGUUUGUGUAUAAUGGGGGGAAUGCGACGGUGGUUUUUGCAGAGGUCAGCGCGGCGAGGAAGAUGAAGAGUAAACUUGAGAGGUUGAGGGAGGGAGCUGGGAAGGUGGGAGGCACGAGUAGUAUUUAUGAGGGGUUGCAGGUUACUUUUAGUAAGGAUCCGUGUGAGUUAGAGGGGGGAUUGAACUUGCAAGCUGCGGAUGGGUAUUGUGCUUAA